UAUCCAGUUCAUUUUGAAUCUGGAGUUUUCGAUGCUCUAGAAAAUUGUCUCUCUUCAUUGCAAAGGGCAAGUGCAAAAGUUUUCCCGCGAAAGUAAAUCUCGAAAUAAAAUUGAUUAUUAUAAAUUGAUUGUUUGACCCCGAAACAAAAGUGAUUGGUCCGGGUGGCGGUUUCAAGCUUGUUUUGACACCUUCCAGCUUCCAAACUUUUUGCAAGCUCGACGAGUGUGGAUUAGCAAUUUUGCAUUCCUUAUGUUUAACAUUUUGUGCCUGCCUAAACUGAGUAGACUCUAACUUUUAAAUAAACUCUAAAGAUUCUGAACCUGUUUUUGAGCAGUUAGCGAUCGUUCUGCUGGUUUGAUUGUGGAGCUGGAGACAUCUUUUGUCGUUCGUAAACACUGAAUUCCGCACGAGUAGUGUCGUGUAGACUCUGUAGAGUGUAGAGUUUAGACGAGUGUAGACUGUAGAGUGUAGACGGUUAUUAUUGGACGAACUCGUGUUAUCAAGAGCUUCAGCUUUUGGCACAUUGGACCUUCUUAAUUGCCGGUUGCGAUUCUGUGAGUAUGGCAGACAGUGUGGGAAGUUUGGAAGAUGAGGCUCAGAAACGACGGGAACGUCUGAAAGCGAUGAGAAAACAAACGAUGGACGAAGCGUCCGAUUGCACUGAAGCUAUACCUGGUUCUCCCCGCUCAAAAAGGCCUGCCGACGAGGCAGAAGCUCCUGUUCUUCCAAAGCCAAAGUUUCGGAGUUAUAACCCAAAAAGCGAAGAGCUUCAAGGCGCGGUUCUGCCGAAGGCUGUACCUGUUGAUGUAAACGCACUAGUACGCGAUCAGUUGGAGGCAGCUGCUGAUGGAGGGCUAUCGGAGAAUAUUGGAAUAGGUGGAGAAGGAGAAAAAUCUCAGAACGUCGACGAUGUGCAACUCCUGAAUCUGGCACCUAGGAAACCCGAUUGGGAUUUGAAGCGUGAUGUUGCGAAAAGUUUGGAAAAGCUGGAAAGAAGAACACAACGCGCAAUCGCGGAGUUAAUACGAGAAAGAUUGGCAACGAGCAAGGAUAAUGAAAACCAAUCAGUGGAUCUUGCACAGGCUGUCACAUGGGGUGCGAAAGCUCAAGAGCAGUCAACAAUUGAUGAUUGGGAAUCAUAAUAUUAUUAUAAACGCACGAGGUUGGUUUAAGGUGCACCUUCUCUCCAUUUCCUUUCCAGCAGGUGUGACUAGCCAGUAGCCACUAUUGAAGAUCUCCCGCCCCUUUGGGGCCUUGGUUUUUUCACCUUUCGGACAAAGGAAUUUAUGUUGUUUUCAAUGUUAUAGUAACCGAUUACAACGCUGAAUGCGUAAAAAAUGGAUUGAUAUGAACUAGAAGUACUAGUACUUACUGGUUGGGCUGCUUAUGAAGUGUGGCCGCCGGCCGGUACGGGUUAUGCAUAAUAAACAGAAUAUGAAUA